AUGUCGGUGACAGCACACGAUACUGCCUCGAAUGGUCACCUGGACAGGCGACGUGAGGUCAGAAAUGGGCGGUCAAAUCGCAAUUCUUCCAAAAAUAAGAGCUCCAAAUAUGCACCCAUCAUCGACCCCAGCGUACCACAAAUACCGCCAAUCGAUGACUUCAAGCUAUAUAACAUCGUGCAGAGUCAUACUCAAGAGGAGACUACUGAAGUGGUCGAUGCGGUUCUCAACGUCACAAAAAAUUUCCAGCAAGACUUGCGAGAUGAAAUCAGAAAGAAGCUAUCCAUCGAACAAAGAAUACAAUACAAGAACAUUGAACUUGCCAAACUAGUCCAUGCGGUGAAAAAAGCGUCGCUGAUGAAACUGCAACGGAACUUUGAAACCUUAGAUACCCUGAAGAUGCAACAUGAAGUUGAACUGCUAGUGACCACUGCGGCCGAGACUUCUCAAAAAGCUCGAAACUUGAUCUCCACAGUCAAGAAGCUUCAAACUAAAAGUAGCAAGUAUUCUGUCAGUGAGCAAAAGUACCCAAAUUUGUACAGACUUGUACAUUCAGAGACAAAACAGACACAUAUACCAACAAAGCAGACCAAGGUUGAUAAGAAGGAAAGUCAGAACCAAGACAAAAGUAAAAACCAAGAAGUUCAGGAGCUAAGUGACGGUAUCCCAGAGUAUCCUGGAGCCUCCAUUAUCAAUGGAACUUCAAUGCCUCCAAGGUCUCCCAGUCCCUCACCUUCAGAUAUGUCUGCCGAGCUGUUUGAACAGUUUCUUUCUCUGAGCAUUGCAAAGUAUCGAGAACGGCAGCGUAAUAGACAGAGGGCCAAUGCACUUAUCAACAAUGAGCUUGACGAGCUUAGUAACGUAAGAGAGGCUUCAAGUUUAUCCAUCAAUCCGGUCAAGCUUCUCUAUUCCUCGAUAUUAGAAAGAGAUUCUGGCAACACCACUUUUGGAAUCAAAUCAACUGCUACAUCUGCCCUGACAUUUCAGACUUCUCAUUUCAAGAAACUCAGAAUCAACGGGUCACCUAUCACUUCUGCGACAUACAAAAAUAUGACUGUGAAGCCUAAAUGUGAUUGCGAAAGUAGUGACGGUUCCCCCGCCAAAGCGGCUCUAGAGUCGUUGAGUAUUUCGGACGCAGAUGCUGGUCAUAGCGUGGAAUACUCAAGCUCAGAUGUAAUCUCUGAAUCUUCUGACGAUGUUUCGGUGAGCAGUGACGAAUUUGCAUCGCCCACCACUAUAAAUACCAACCAGUAUUAUUUGAAUCUCAAAAGCGAUCUCAGGCGAAAACAGUCGAAACAGUCACUCAGAAAGAGAGCGUCCACGCGGUCUUUUAUUCGUGAAAGUACGUCUCCUACCCCUCGUCACAAACCAUCGCAUCGGACUCUCAAACCUAAAAAUUCCAUACUCAAGACCAAGUCGAAACCGCAAAAGCCACUGAAAAGGACUCCCAAGCGUUCUAUGGGCCCAAUUGUACCACCUCAUACCGAUGAGGGCAUCAUAUCUCUCAACACUGAUACAGUUCAAGGCACCAUUCUUCAGCUAGAACCAGAAACGAGCGACGACGAGAACGAGGUCCGCACAUAUCGUGGAAUUGACGACACAGAUAACCAUAGCAGUCGAUCCAUAGAACGAUUACGAGAAUACUUGAUAAUGGAAGAAGGUAUUAUUGACUCUAGUACAAACUAG